AUGAUUACGAAACAACGAUUAAUAUUGCCUCGGAACGUGGAGAUUACGGAUUUAUGUAUUGGAACUUGGAAUGUGCAAUCAAUGUAUAGGACGGGAACAUUGACGACAGUCGUAUCGUGUCUUGAGCGAUACAGACUGGAUAUAACAGCAGUUCAAGAAAUAAGCGGUGGAGAAAAACACGAAAGAGGAGUAGGCUUUAUUAUUAAGGACAAAUUUUUGCCGAAUGUUGUCAAGUUUGAACCAAUAAAGGAUAAAAGCGAAGAAGUAAAGAAUGCUUUUUACGAUGAGCUAGACAGAGUUUGUGAUGGGCUAACUUCGGGGAAGCCAAAAAUUAUCAUUGGUGACUUCAAUACGAAAGUCGGAAGAGAAAGGAUAUACAGACCAACUAUUGGAAUAAACAGUUUGCAUAGUGAGUCCAAUGAAAAUGGAAACAAAUUGAUCUCAUUUGCAACAGCAAGAAACAUGGUCAUAAGCAGUACAAUGUUUCCGCACAAGAGCAUCCAUAAACAGACCUGA